AUGUGGGCGCUGGGGCCGCGCGCGCUGCGGGCCGGGCUGGCGCUGCUGGGCCUGGCGCUGCUGGGCCAGGGGCUGCGGAGCUGGGUCGCCUCCCGCCCCUUCGAGUUCCGGCCCGAGGAGAUCGCGGAGCUCGGCCGGCACCAGGCGGGCUUGGACCAUGAGCAGGCCUUCUCCAAGAUCAUCGUGGAGCUGCGGAAGAAGCACCCAGGCCACAUCCUGCCGGACGAGGACCUGCAGUGGGUGUUUGUCAACGCGGGCGGGUGGAUGGGCUCCAUGUGCCUGCUCCACGCCUCGCUCACCGAGUACGUGUUGCUCUUCGGGACGGCCGUCGACACCGGGGGGCACUCGGGUCGGUACUGGGCUGACAUUGACUACGCCAUCAUCUCAGGGACCUUCAGGCAGUGGAAGGAGGGGACGACCAGAAGUGAAAUCUAUUACCCAGGGGACACCAUAGUGCAGAAAUCCGGAGAGGCCACGGCUGUCCAGUGGAGCGCCGGCACCUGGAUGGUGGAGUACGGCCGUGGCUUCAUCCCCCCCUCACUCGUGUUUGUGUUGGCCGACACCAUCUUCAGCACUCAGGACGUUGUCACUUUCUUCUGCACCCUCCGGGUUUGUGCCAAAGCCUUGCUCCUGGAAGCCAGUACCUACUUCAGCCAGCUGGCCCAGUGAGACCACUCUCCGCAAGCACCAACACAACCUCAAAGGAAGGGAUUCCCCUUUCCCAUCCCCCACCACCUCCUGCAGAUUGUACCAGAAAGGCAAUGGGCAAGAGCACCUCUGUCCCCAUGUGCAGGUGUGCCAGGUAGGCUGAACGUUCGCCGUAUCCACCUGCCGCAGCGAGCACUCAGCCGGGGGAGAAACAGGCAAUAACGGAUAAUGGAUAAACCUAGAUCACUAUUUUUUUAAUA